GUUAACAGCCAUACGGAGAAACUAUCUGCAUAUGUGGAUGAGUUUCUAAGACCCUUGGCACAAGCACUACCUUCUCACAUCAGAGAUACUACAGAUUUCAUCGUACGACUGAAACACUUGGGUAGAGUUCCUGAGAACAGUAUUCUUCGCGACAUUAGACGUUUCCAGUUUAUAUACUAAUAUAGACACAGACGAUGGACUUGCUAUAAUUGAGGAGGAACUGGCAAAAACUGGUCAGAUCCAACCUUCCGCAAAAACACCUUACUUGCCUCCUCGAAAAAGUCCUCAAACUGAACAAUUUCACAUUUGACAACCACAAUUUCAUCCAGGUUAAGGGUACAGCAAUGGGCACUAGGGCUGCACCUAAUUUUGCGAACGUGUAUAUGGGCCGGUUUGAAGAUACAUUUGUAUAACGAACGGAAUGGUCCCACUACAUAAUUGACUGGGUAAGGUUCAUCGACGACAUUUUUCUCAUCUGGAAAGGAGACGAAAGUUCUCUCCCUACCUUUAUAAAGUACCUCAACGGUGUUGUACCAUCCAUUACCUUCACCCAUGAAAUAUCUUACAAGUCCGUGAAUUUCUUGGAUACAAAAGUAAUAAAAGAUGUACAAGGUAA